AUGAAUGAUAGCGAAAUAUUUAUCAGUGCAUUUUUGGGAUGUCAUCCAAAAGACGCACAAUAUGCUGAUAGUAUCCUUCUUCUUUGUAAUCAAUAUCAUGAUUCAAAUGGUACAGUAUGCAAAUGGGUUAAACAUAUUUUAACAGCUGAUUGUCAUUUAAGUGGUUCAUUUUAUCAUUUAACGGCAAUAUUUGUAGCUAUUGGCACUAUAUUAAAUUGUUUUUCAUUAUAUUGUUUUAUUAAAAUAAAUAAACGUAAUUCUCAAAAUAUUUAUUUAGCAGCAAUAUCUCUAGCUGAUACAAUUAAUUUACAUACAAAUUUUUCGAUACCAUUAUUAAGACAUUUUUCAAUAAAUUUUGAUCGAUUAUUUGAAAAUUUAAAAUGGUUAUGUCUAAUUCAUAAUUUUACAACAGAAUUUUUUAUCAUAUUUCCAACAUGGUUAAUUGUCUUAUGUACACUCGAACGUUUAAUUUGUAUUGUUUGGCCAUUGAAACGACAUUAUUUAUGUACACAAAAACGUGCAAAAAUUUAUAUAUCAUUAUUGGCAUUUAUUUGUAUUUUAUUAAGUUCAUAUCGUCUUCUAAAUGAAACGGGUAUUGAUCAUGUUAGUAUUUUUAGAGUAUCAAUGUGUCAUGAGGCAAAAAAUAAAUUUAUUUGGCUAAGAGAUUUAAAUUUAAUUAUAUGGGCAAUUAUUCCCGAAUGUUUAGCAUUUAUCAUGAAUUUAGUUAUUAUCUCGGUUAUAAGACGUACUACAAACACAUUAGAACAGUUUUAUCCUAAAGCAAGAGUUAAUCGAUAUAAUCAAGCAACGAAAACUGUUCUCAUAAUAUCAUGUUUAUUUCUUAUAUUUCAUACGCCAACAGGUAUUGUCAUUGGUUUUCAUCUGUUUUUUGAAGAACAUGUUUCAAUAAUUGGCAUAACAGCUAUUUUAUUUUUGAGAAAAUUAACUGUCAUACUCUAUGAAAUAAGUUUAUGCUGCAAAUUUUUUGUCUAUUAUUCAACAUUUCGUGAUUUUAGAGAAAUUUUAAAAAAUUCUGUUUAUCGUUUUCGUCAAAAAAAUUCAACAAGAUUAGGUAAACAAUUUUUAUAUUCAACAAAACGUAUGAAUUAUAGUUUCAAAUCACCUACUCUUCCUAAUAAAACUGAAUUAUUAUUACAAAAAAAUUAUGAUUUACACAACAAAGUACAUAAUUUUGUUGAUGGUUCAUUCCAAUCCAAUGUUAAUAAUAAUUUAGUUCAUUCAAAAUGGAACAGUUCAACAAGUUCAAACCGUCAACGUUCUAACAUGCGACAACAACAAUAUAGAGAAAAUUAA